UUUCCUCCGCUGACAAUGCAUCGCCUGCCGAAAUGCCUUCCCCACAGGACCACAGCGGGAAACAGAAUCACCUUCCCGUGCCUGCCUCUAAAUAAUCACCAUUCAAAGCAAGCCGACCGGCUGUUUCCUUGCCAGGCUUCUGCCUUUACUGCGCCAAACCCGGAGGGGCGCGCCGCAUUACUAAAGCAACUUGAUCCCACUCUUUGGAUCGCGGCUGGUGAAAGGCGGAGGGGGAGGAAAGGGAUCGGAUUGGACCACCUUUCUACGUUGGGAAGAAUCUUCCAUUACUAUUGCGGGACUAGCCGGUCGGGAGCAAAUACUUGUAGCUCCGCCUGCUUACGUCUCGUCUUUCGCAUUCGCCUCCGUCACGGCAAGGGAAGGCGAGGCCGGUGGUGGGGAGGUUGCGCCCUUCUUUUCGCGCGGAAGCGUUGCAGGAGGCUGGUUUUUGAGGUAGUGAGUGUCAUCUUGAAAAUGGAUCCUUCCGAAGAAGACUACCCCACAGAGAUUCAUGAUUACCUUUUAGCAUUUGAAACAGCUGUUGGUUCAGUAGAUGCCGUGUUGAAGACAAUGAUGUCCAUAUCCAGAAACGAACUCCUCCAGAAGCUAGAUCCUCUUGAACAAGCCAAAAUAGAUUUGGUCUCUGCUUAUACAUUGAAUUCAAUGUUUUGGGUGUACCUUGCUACACAAGGAAUAAAUCCAAAGGAACAUCCAGUCAAACAGGAAUUGGAGAGAAUAAGGACAUACAUGAACAAAGUAAAAGAGAUUGAAGAAAGGAAAAAAGCUGCCAAACUGGAUAAAGGCGCGGCAGCGAGAUUUUUACGAAAUGCACUCUACGAACCAAAAACUCAAAGCAAAUCUGCAAAGAAAAGUCUCAUUCCAGCCAAAAAGAAAAAAACACAUUAGAAUCUCCCUGUUUGAUAUCAAUUAGAAUUAUUUUAAUAAAGUUUUAUAUGUAAUAAAA